CCUUUGUCAGAAAAGCUACAGAUCUGGCAACUAAUAGAUAAGAUAAUCAGUUUCCUCAAUGAGACCACUAUUAGUUUCAAAAUCCAGUGUAAGACACAUGAUACUUGUUACUUAAAUUUUCCUUAAUGUUUAAAAAUUUAUUUUGUUUUAAAAACAUCUUGGUGUACAAAAAAAUUUACAAACCUUUUUGACCGAAUGCUCUUUUUGACUGUAAUAUCAGACAAUCACACUUUCCAAGAAGAUGAUAGCCACACCUCUGCUGUGUAAUUACUGUGACUUUUUGCAGAGGUUAGCCCUUCCCCUUUGUAUGAUUUGUUAGCUGUCACUUCCUGACACACUUUUCUGGUAUAUUAACAAGAGAGGCUGUUUUAUACCUCACUCACACAGAUCUCCUCUCCUGGCAGUUGUUUAUGGCAGGUUAUAAUCUUAAAUUAACAUGACAUUUAACAAUCAGAUGAUUCUAAAAAUAAUCUCCAUCCUUUCUGUGACUACAGCCAUGUCCAUCCUCUUGAUGAACUAUUCAGAACAAAGGACAAAUUGUCCUCGCAAGAAAGAGCUGGUCUUGAAUCACUUCCUAAAGCAGGAUGUUGGAGAACUACAGGCUUGUUCUGCUAUUAUUCAAGGAGAUGUGGACGGAGUGGACAAGGACAUUUUUAGGAAGCUCCUGACCUCGAAAAAAAGAACAUCCUUGCUAUCCGAGUCAUUCUAUCUCAACGCAACCAAGGAUUGUCCAUCCUACAUCCGAGACAGAGGGUUUCUGACGGUUUCUCUCAGUAAAGAGGAGAAAGAUUUCCCUAUUGCUUUCUCCAUGGUGAUCCAUGAGAAGAUUGAGAUGUUUGAAAGGCUCUUAAGAGCCAUUUACACUCCUGACAAUCUGUACUGUGUUCAUGUGGACCAGAAGUCUCCUGAGAUCUUUAAAGAAGCAGUUAGGGCCAUUGUGUCCUGCCUGACAAAUGUGUUUAUGGCCAGCAAACUGGAGAAUGUGAUCUACGCCUCCUGGUCUCGAGUUCAAGCGGACAUCAACUGCAUGCAGGAUCUUCUCAAGUCACCUGUCCAGUGGAAGUAUCUGCUCAACACCUGUGGCACUGAUUUCCCCAUCAAAACCAAUGCAGAAAUAGUCGAGUCUCUAAAAUACCUGAACGGAAGGAACAGUUUGGAGUCCGAGGCCGUAGAGUCCAAAAAGGGGCGCUGGCAGUAUCAUCACAAUGUUACGAAAGUUGUGACUCGGACCAAUGUUAAAAAGUCACCCCCGCCAAUAAAGAGCCCUAUGUUUGCAGGAAAUGCUUACUUUGUGGUUUCAAGAGAGUUUGUGGAUCACAUCUUCAAAAGCAAAGAGAUUCAAGAAUUCAUGGAAUGGGAGAAAGACACAUACAGUCCAGAUGAACACAUGUGGGCUACGUUACAGCGGAUGCCUUCAGUACCAGGAUCCAACCCUUCAAACAGAAAGUACGAGCAAUCGGACAUGAACGCAAUUGCUCGUCUAGUUAAAUGGAGCUACCAUGAAGGAGAUCUAAAGAGUGGGGCUCCCUACCCACCAUGCACUGGGACGCACAGACGGGCGGUGUGUGUCUAUGGAGCUGGGGACUUGAAAUGGAUUGUGAGGCAACACCAUCUUUUGGCAAACAAGUUUGAUCCACAAGUAGAUGAUGUAGCUAUCAAAUGUAUGGAGGCUUUUUUAAGGUACAAAGCUAUUUAUGGUCGAUCAUUACUAACAGUUGAUAAAUCUGACAUUAUUUUAUGAUGUUUUUAAUGUUUUAAAUUGUUUGUAAAUAUUAGAUAUAUGGAUUUUUGUUUUAUUUUUAUGAAAUGUGUUAAUAUGUAAUAUUAAUUACAUAUAUAAACAUAUAUGGUCCCACUUUAUAUUAAGUGGCCUUAACUACUAUGUACUUGCAUCAAAAAAUA